ACAAAACCCCAAAUCCCAACUCGUCCCCAAAUAACCACCUCCCUAAAAUAUUUCCGCCGCCAAAUCAAAACCCCCAUCCCCCCACUUUUUCCCCAGCGCCGCAGGCAGAGAAGAAGGAAGAAGAAGAAAAAAAAGAAGAAGGAAGGGAGCCGCCGCCUCCCUGUGCCCCGAUCCCGAUCUCGACUCCGACCCCAUCCCUUUCGUUUUAGCGGUGACGUUGAGGGUUCG